AUGAAGAAAUUUAUAUCCCUUGCAAAGCCAUCUCAUGUUGCUGCUGCUAUCAGUGAAUCUUAUAAAUCAUCAUUCCCACCUGCCAGUCUAGAAAUUCAUCUAAAUCCCGAUCCUAUCAACCCAGAUAUCGACCCACACGCCUGUAGUCCGGGCUCAACAAUCUCAGGCACCGUAUUUCUAAAAGUCUACAGAGACUUCAACGCUCAAUCAAUAAAGAUCCUAUUUGUUGGAGCAGAAAGCAUAAACUUUUUACUCCUUGGAUGGAACGGAGAUGACGACAAUGGACGGAUAUUCACAUCUAGAUCACCAGUCUGGACUGCACCUCCACCCUCGCCACCCUCAUCGCCAACCACAGAUACAAACGCAUCCAACACUAGCAACAAUACCAGACCAAACCUUGAAGUCGGAGAAAUGAUGUUCCCAUUUGCAUUUGAGAUGCCAAUGGUCAAUUAUCCACCCCUGGCUGAACUUCAGCGAAUAACUAGCACAAUGACCAUCGUGGCAUGUCUCGAACAACAGGGUGGCAGAAUAACCUACAGUCCGCCUUGUGUCCUCAAUUUCCAGCCCAUAAUCGAGACACCUGUCAACAACAAUUCUUCGGGGCCAAAGGUCAUUGAGUCCAAAGAAAUUGGAAAGGGCGACAUCAUAAACUUCUCGGUCGAAAAGCUAUUCUACAACAUCAACGAAUCCCCAGUCAUAUCAGCAAAGGUGUGGAUGGAUUCUUGUAGCACCUACAACAAACAACAGACCGAAAAUAAUGCCCCUGAAGUACGAGUCUACCUGAACCGAUGCCUAACGGUACGGCACGGUAAGAAAGAAUCAAAAGAGUACACAGCAGUAAGCGAGGUCACAGCCUUUCUGGCACCAAAAAAUGCCGACGGUUCGGGCACCAGGAGAAGUAGCAAUAGUAGCAAUGUUAAUAAAGGCAGAAGAAGUAGAGACAGCACGAAUUCUACUACAGUCCCCACUACAGCUACAGCUACAGCUACGUCUACAUCUACGACCGCAGCAACGGCUUUAGUUGUAUCUCCAUCCGCUGCUACCGGACCACUGGAACUUGACGUCAAUAUUCAAAUCACACCAGAUAUGAUACCAUCCUUGACAUACUCCAAGAGAUGUUCUAUCCAUUACGAGCUCUGCGUUAGUGUCAGAGACACCACGUCUUUUUUUUCUUUUGGAAAGAAGGACGUAUUUUCAGUCGGUCUCUUUUUUGGGACACUUUCUUGUGGGACUCGAUCACCUGUUGACCUACUAGCCUUUACAGACGAAGUAGUCACGCCCGAUAACCCUGUUACAAAACCAAGGCGUGUGGACAGAAGACCCAUUUCUGCUCCUCCGCCAGCCUAUGACGACUUUAGCCCACCUGUCUACACAGAAGAGGCUCUCUCAACACCAGGAUAA